AUGGGAACAUGUUGUAACGCUUGUUCCUUAUCUAACUAUAUCAAUCGUGCUGAAACGGGAGCAUGUUGUAACGCUUGUUCCUUAUCUAACUAUAUCAAUCGUGCUGAAACGGGAGCAUGUUGUAACGCUUGUUCCUUAUCUAACUAUAUCAAUCGUGCUGAAAUGGGAGCAUGUUGUAACGCUUGUUCCUUAUCUAACUAUAUCAAUCGUGCUGAAAUGGGAGCAUGUUGUAACGCUUGUUCCUUAUCUAACUAUAGCAAUCGUGCUGAAAUGGGAGCAUGUUGUAACGCUUGUUCCUCAUCUAACUAUAUCAAUCGUGCUAAAAUGGGAGCAUGUUGUAACGCUUGUCAUUUAUCUAACAAUAUCAAUCGUGCUAAAAUGGGAGCAUGUUGUAACGCUUGUUCCUUAUCUAACUAUAUCAAUCGUGCUAAAAUGGGAGCAUGUUGUAACGCUUGUCAUUUAUCUAACAAUAUCAAUCGUGCUGAAAUGGGAGCAUGUUGUAACGCUUGUUCCUUAUCUAACUAUAUCAAUCGUGCUGAAAUGGGAGCAUGCUGUAACGCUUGUUCCUUAUCUAAUUAUAUCAAUCAUGCUGAAAUGGGAGCAUGUUGUAACGCUUGUUCCUUAUCUAACUAUAUCAAUCGUGCUGAAAUGGGAGCUGAAAUGGGAGCAUGUUGUAACGCUUGUUCCUUAUCUAACUAUAUCAAUCGUGCUAAAAUGGGAGCAUGUUGUAACGCUUGUCAUUUAUCUAACAAUAUCAAUCGUGCUAAAAUGAGAGCAUGGUGUAACGCUUGUUCCUUAUCUAACUAUAUCAAUCGUGCUAAAAUGGGAGCAUGUUGUAACGCUUGUCAUUUAUCUAACAAUAUCAAUCGUGCUAAAAUGGGAGCAUGUUGUAACGCUUGUUCCUUAUCUAACUAUAUCAAUCGUGCUGAAAUGGGAGCAUGUUGUUACGCUUGUCAUUUAUCUAACAAUAUCAGUCGUGCUGAAAUGGGAGCAUGUUGUAACGCUUGUUCCUUAUCUAACUAUAUCAAUCAUGCUGAAAUGGGAGCAUGUUGUAACGCUUGUUCCUUAUCUAACUAUAUCAAUCGUGCUAAAAUGGGAGCAUGUUGUAACGCUUGUCAUUUAUCUAACAAUAUCAAUCGUGCUAAAAUGGGAGCAUGUUGUAACGCUUGUUCCUUAUCUAACUAUAUCAAUCGUGCUAAAAUGGGAGCAUGUUGUAACGCUUGUCAUUUAUCUAACAAUAUCAAUCGUGCUGAAAUGGGAGCAUGUUGUUACGCUUGUUCCUUAUCUAACUAUAUCAAUCAUGCUGAAAUGGGAGCAUGUUGUAACGCUUGUUCCUUAUCUAACUAUAUCAAUCGUGCUAAAAUGGGAGCAUGUUGUAACGCUUGUCAUUUAUCUAACAAUAUCAAUCGUGCUGAAAUGGGAGCAUGUUGUAACGCUUGUUCCUUAUCUAACUAUAUCAAUCGUGCUAAAAUUGGAGCAUGUUGUAACGCUUGUUCCUUAUCUAACUAUAUCAAUCGUGCUAAAAUGGGAGCAUGUUGUAACGCUUGUUCCUUAUCUAACUAUAUCAAUCGUGCUAAAAUGGGAGCAUGUUGUAACGCUUGUCAUUUAUCUAACAAUAUCAAUCGUGCUGAAAUGGGAGCAUGUUGUAACGCUUGUUCCUUAUCUAACUAUAUCAAUCAUGCUGAAAUGGGAGCAUGUUGUAACGCUUGUUCCUUAUCUAACUAUAUCAAUCGUGCUAAAAUGGGAGCAUGUUGUAACGCUUGUCAUUUAUCUAACAAUAUCAAUUGUGCUGAAAUGGGAGCAAUAUUGUUUUCCUAUGGUUACGUUAUGGGUCCACGCUGGGAUGCUUGGAACCAGCUUAAACAUCCAUAG